AUGAGUACUGGUGGUGCUGCUACGACGCCCAGAAAACGAGGGCCAGAGAAAAAGAUACAGCCUGGAGAAUUGUGUCAAGUCUGCAACGAGCAAGCGACCGGAUUCAAUUACGGCGCGCUGACUUGUAAUCCGUGCAAAAGCUUCUUCCGGAGAACUGUUUUGGAGAAUAACCUCACUCAGAAAUGCGAUCGAGGCGGCUCCUGCUACGGGAAGUUCAUCAGACGAUGCAUCGACUGCCGCCUGGCUAAGUGUGAGCUUGUGGGCAUGAACGCAGAUUACAUUCGCGAUCUGCGAAUUCGAUCGAUAAGAAGGCGAAUCCAGAAGAUUCCGACCAACGGUCAAAUGAUGAAGUUCUCCGAAACAUUAGACCCAUUUCAAGAAAAUUUUCUGGCGAUCCUGGAAGGUUUCUGGAUCAUUUACAGGAAUAAACAGGCUAAUGCUCAUGAGCCAUCUCUUGACACAACUGGUGCUGUUCAAAGAACAGCCUACGAAGUCGUCGUUAACUUCGAAAACAAGCUGAGCACCAUCAAGCAACCGAAUCCCUUUUUCCACAUUGCGCUCGAUCGUCUUCACUUCGUCAAGGAUGUCAUUAACCUUCAUGCGUCGAUGAUGCUGGUCUUUCUCGAAGCGAUUCCGUCAAUCAGAUGGCAUCAGCUCCAAGAGGAAACAAAGCGCGAGCUUAUCACAUUCGGAACGAUGGAGAUACCGCUGAUUCGAUCUGGCUCCCGUUCGCUGUCCGGUAUCCCCCCGAAUCGGGUUCAAUUCGAGGGAACCGGCCUCCGCAACUGGGUGAUCGAACACAUGUUCGCGCUCAUUGACGAUUUUUCGAUGAAACUUCAACCCGAUUCGUACGAAACCGCGCUCAUCGCUGCCCUCGCCGCUACUUCGCCUGAUAGGGGCAUUUCAAGCGCCGUUGAUUACAAAAUCCUCAGCAACAUCCAGACCUCGAGGAUGUGGCUUAUUGCCGCAUUGUUGACCCUCGUGUCUGGGGCGGCAGAUGCGUCCACUUCCAAAGUUUCCAUCAACCUCAAAGCUGGUUGGAAAUCUCCUCCGAUUUAUGUAGAAGCUAUUGAGUACAUCGCUUCUCUCGGUGACCAGGAUGUUUUGUUCAAAUUCAUCGAAAUGGUUAGCUACAUUCCGGAGCUCAAUGAGAAAUCGGACAUCGAGAUCUAUGAUACAGUAAACACACUUGUGAACGGCAUGAAACUGUCCAAGGCGGACAUUCGAAUGAUGAACUUCGCCCUCUCGCUUCAUAUUUUCUCCCCUAAAAUCGAGGCCACGCGGAGUAAAUGGAUCGAAGCCCCUAGUGAUUGUAGUUCAGUCUUCUUCUCGUCCGCCGGAUCAUCUUUUUGUGAACUUGAACCUGAAGAAAUUGGCGAGCCAGCUGCAGUACAGACCGAUCUCGUCCUAAUCCCAGGAUCAAAAAAGAUCAUCAUGCAUGGAAUCGCUGAAGCCGCCGGUUUCUAUGACCGAUUGCAGGCGGCUAAAGUAUUUUGCACGCGCAAUAACAUUGGACUCUCCUUGAGAUGGCAAUUUAGCGAUGAUUUGUGUGCCACUUCAUCGUUAACUGGUUACGGUGUUGAGUUGCGUUUGAAAUCGACCGAGUACAAAGCAUCCGAUGAUUCGAUGGAGAAAGAAGACGACGAUGAUUUAGUCAAGACUGCAGCUGGAUUCGACUUUGAAAUCCUUUCUAAACGAUUCCCGGACUUGCAGAAAGAAAUAAAGAAGUUCUCAAGAUACGUGUCCGAUAGUUCUCAAGAAAUCCAGCCGAUGAAAAAGUGGCAAAUGGGCGAUCUCUCUUACCAAGCUGGUCUUGCCGCUCAUGAAGCAUUCUCAAAAGACGGCCCUGAAGCAGGUCUUGAAUCCCUCCAAAAGAUCAGCGGCAACUUUCCACAAAUGGCCAUGCGUCUUGCACGAUCAUCCGUACCUUCAGCGUUUAAAAAAGAGGUGAAGAAAAUCUCCGAAUCUCUUUCUCAGACAGUUGGAGUUCGCCAAGGCGAGUCGUACUUUUCCAUAAACGGAAUGCCCGUUGAUCUCACGUCGCAGUGGGGUGAUCCUUUCCAACUUUUCGAGACUGUCAAAGGCGAACUAAAAGUAAUGGAAAAACUAGCUGGACUUGGAAUAACUGGAGACCUUGCUCAGUCGAUUCUUCAAGCUCCCGAGCCUCAAGGAUCGUCAUCCGAAGCUGUUUUAAAAAUACCUGGUGAUAACGAGGGACUUGUGUGGCUAAACAACAUAGAAAGUGAUAAAAAAUACGUUCAAUUUGGCCAGUCACUGCAAGAAUUUCUCCGCCCUACUUUUCCAGGCGUUAUCAGACGACUUCGCUACAAUUACCUUAAUUUGAUGGUCUUCGCUGAUCCGCUCAAUAAAGAAAUUCACGCGAUUCAUGAUGUUAUCGAUACGCUUUCUCAGAAUAAUCUUCCCGUCCGGGUGGGUAUCGUCUUCACUGGUAGUUCCGAUGAAUCCCUGGCUGCUUCUGCCAUUUUCCACUUCUUAUCGAAGCGUAGCAAAGAGAAGAAUAAGUCGAACAUGUACACGUGGAACAAGUGGAUUGCCCUUUUGGAGGAAAAUUUUGAUUCUGCUUCGAUCAAGAAAUUAGGAGUUGAAAAAGACGAAAUAACAUCGAAAGACUCUGAAUUCUUCCAGGCAGCCGUCAAAAUGCAAAAGUACGGCGAUCGAAUCGGCGUUGGCACUGCCAGCUCGAUUCUCAUCAAUGGAGCGGCAAUUAAAAAUCUCGUUUUUGGGGAGGGAAUUGAAGAAAUUGUUUAUCAAGAAAUGCUCGAAGCAGUUCCAGAUAUUCAACGCGCGAUCUACUAUGGAACUUAUCGCGGGGAAGUUAGUUUUACCGAGUACUUCAACAGUCGAGGCGGAGUGGUUACUCGUUUCAAUCAGGAUAUUCUCAAAGCUCCAGUGCUAAACAUCGACUUGACAACACUCGACUUCGAUGGAGAGUAUCACGGCGACGGAAAUAUUUGCACCUUCUGGGUUACAACUGAUUCUGAAACAUCUCAAGUCGCCCAUGAAGCACUCGAACAUCAAAAAUCAUCGAAAAAUUCAAGAACAGCGAUUAUUAACUGUUCUGAAUCGUCAAAGCUUUGCGAGUCUUUGGACAAAGAUGCAGUUUACAUCAAUGGCCGUGCUUAUACAAAGAACACCCAGAGCUUCCUUGCCGCGGACUUUGCCCUCCUAGAAACACUAGCGAUUCAAUUUGGAGCUAAUAAGAUCGCUCACUUGCUCAAGUCUUUUGACAAUGAUGUCAUCACAAAAACAAUCAACAUUCUUUCUUCCCAGACUGAGAUCAAGUCCCGGAAAUCAGUUUCCUUCCCAGCGGCUAAAUACUCGCUCUUGGAUUUUGAGCCUUUGCGCAAAAAUGAAGCUUCAUUCGAUGUCAUCGCUGUCUUGGAUCCUGCAUCGGAAGAUGCCCAAAAGAUGAUCCCUAUUAUUUCUACUCUCCGUAAAGUCGUUAACAUGCGGCUAAAGAUCUUCCUCAACUGUCAGGAGAACUUGUCUGAGCUCCCCGUCAAAUCUUUCUACAGAUUCGUUAUCAGCGAUGAAUUCCGUGAAUCUGAUAAGACAAGGGCCGUUUUCAAGGGACUCCCUCAACACUCUCUUCUUACAGCCGCCGUCGUUCCUCCAGAAUCAUGGAUGGUCGCCGCUGUCGAUGCUGUCCAUGACUUGGACAACAUCAAGCUCGUAGAUCAAGGAGAUGUCUAUGCUGGUUUUGAACUGCAGCAUUUGCUACUCGAAGGACAAGCCGUUGAUGUUUCUAAUGGUUCUCCUCCUCGAGGAACUCAAUUUGAACUCGCCAAAACUGAUGUUGCUCUCGAUACACUUGUCAUGGCUAAUCUUGGCUACUUCCAGUUUAAAGCUUCCCCUGGCUUUUGGAAUCUGAAUCUUCGCGAAGGAUUGUCUAAAGAUAUCUAUGAAAUCAAGGAAAUCGAGGCAGACGGAAAAGAACAAGGUGAAAUUAUGAUGACAUCUUUUACCCCGAAGAGCAUCCGAGUCGGCGUUGCGAAAAAAUCGGGAAUGGAAGAUAUGGACGUUCUCGGCAAGGCUGAUGAUCGACCACAAGUAAAUAACGAUGAGGGGUCUAUUUGGGAUCGCGUAGGAGAGGCGGUAGGCCUUAAAUCUAAGAAGGAGGUCAAAGAAGAGCCUAAACCGGAGGUCGAAACCAUCAAUAUCUUCUCUCUCGCCUCUGGACACAUGUAUGAGCGUCUCAUGCGAAUCAUGAUGCUUUCAGUGGUCCGAAAAACAAAUACUAAAGUCAAAUUUUGGAUCUUAGGAAAUUACGCCAGUCCGGCUUUUAGAAAAUCUUUACCAAUCGUGUCCAAAGAAUUCGGUUUUGAAUACGAGUUCGUCCAAUAUAAAUGGCCUAGAUGGCUGAAUGCACAAAAGGAAAAGCAACGAACAAUGUGGGGCUACAAGAUUCUCUUCCUUGAUGUCCUCUUUCCUCUUUCUGUGGACAAGAUUAUCUUCGUCGAUGCUGAUCAGAUCAUCAGAGCUGACUUGAAGGAGCUGGUCGAACUAGAUUUGGAAGGCAAUCCUUAUGGUUACACACCAUUCUGUGACGAUCGUAAAGAAAUGGAUGGCUUCCGAUUUUGGAAUGGUGGGUACUGGAAACAACAUCUUGCUGGACGAAAGUAUCACAUUUCCGCAAUUUACGUCGUCGAUCUUAAACGAUUCCGUCAACUUGCUGCAGGGGAUCGACUUCGAGGACAGUACCAAGGGCUCUCACAAGAUCCUAACUCGCUCGCAAACUUGGAUCAAGAUCUACCGAAUAACAUGAUUCAUCAAGUCGGAAUCAAGUCUUUGCCGCAAGAAUGGCUCUGGUGUGCCACUUGGUGCUCCGACGAGUCCAAAGCUCGAGCGAAAACCAUUGAUCUCUGCAAUAAUCCUCUUACAAAGGAACCUAAACUUGUGGCUGCUGCGAGGAUCGUCCCCGAAUGGACUGGAUACGAUGAAGAAAUCAAACUUAUCCUUCAAGGCGAGAAGCCAGUAGAAAAAGAAAACUUUAAUGUCAAGGAAGAACUUUAA